CCAUGGAUUAAAUCAAUUGCUCCCGCUGGGAUCCCAAUUGGUUUUCCAGAUGGGCAGUGGCCUCUAAGCUGUCCCUUGGGCUAACCUCUCUCUCUCUCUCUAGCCAUCUUCAAAUUCUCCCUUUUAGAGGCAGAAGGGGGGAGAGGAGAGACCCUCCUCCUGCGGAGACUAUUCAUUGACAGCUGCAGCAAAUGCCACGCCAAUCCUUUGGGCAGCAAGCCUCAGUAUAACAGACAAAAUAAGGGACAAAAGCCACUUCUGCUUGUCUCUCUGCUGCGUGGUUUGGAGGAGGGAUGCUUUUGCGAGAUCUUUGUCCUGUAUGAGCCAAAAAGGACACUUUAUCCAUCUUUUGAUGAUGAAUUUCCAUCUAUUUUGGAAUUGCGAAGAUUGUCUCGUACUUCAGAAUAACAAUGUCCGGCUGUUAAUCGUUGCAGUGUCGGAGUGAUGCUCAUCCGGACCUAACAGGUUUCUGGAUAAGGGAUGCUCAACCUGCACAUAUUUAUGUUACAGACCAUGAUGUACCAAGUCAUGAAACAAGAAACCAAUUAUGGUACCAACAGCAGCGAUAACACCAAACUGCUGGACCAAAGGAGCAAAAGGCUUCCCAUGAAACUAUUCAGGGGGCCUUGCCAUGCUGAACACAUCCUUCAGACCCUCAACUCCUAUCGCCAGGAUGGCAUCUUCACCGACGUGGUGCUGGUGAUGGGCAAGCAAAGGUUUCCUUGCCACCAGGCCACCUUGUCUGCCAACAGUGCCUAUUUCCGGGCCAUGUUUUCUGCGAAGGCAGAGGAAGGUUGCCAAAGCAUAGUCAACCUCCAAGCCAUGCCUGCUACCAGCAUGAGCCUCGUCCUGGAUUACAUGUACGGUGGGGAUGUGUCCAUCCAGGAGGACAAUGUAGAAGGCCUCCUUGAGCUCUCCAACUUGCUCCAGAUCCCCAGACUAAAGGAUGCCUGCAUCACCUUCUUGGAAAGACAGCUUCACCCUUGCAACUGUUUGGGCAUCAUGAGGUUCGCCAACUCUUUCUCCAUCUCUUCCCUGGUUGAGAAGAGCAGGAGAUUGGUCCUGGAAGGUUUUGUGGAGGUGUCUCAUCAUGAAGAAUUCCUGGAGCUUGAUGCCAAGGAACUCGGAGCAUGUCUCUCAAGUGACUGGUUGGUGGUCCCUAAAGAGGAGGUGGUCUUGGAGGCCCUCAUGCGAUGGGUCCAUCAUGAUGUGGCUUCCAGGAGAGGUGCUCUGAAGGACCUUCUGGAAUAUGUGCGACUCCCACUCUUGGACCCCUUGUACUUCCUGGAGAAGGUAGAAGUGGAUGGAAUCAUCCAUCAGUCCAAGGAGUGUCACUCGUUGCUGCAAGAAGCUCGCAAAUAUUAUGUCCUGGGAGAAGAAACCAACUCUCAACGAUGUAGACCCAGAAGAUUCAUGGAACUAGCCGAGAUGAUCGUUGUGAUCGGAGGCUGUGACAAGAACGGCUUUUUGAAGCUCCCUUUUGUGGAUGUCUUCCACCCAGAGAGCGGCCAGUGGAAGCCACUCCCCAGCUUGCCUGGAUAUACUAAGUCAGAGUUUGCAGCCUGUACCCUGAAGAACGAUGUCUAUAUCUCAGGAGGUCAUAUCAACACCAGAGAUGUCUGGCUACUGAGCUCCCGGCUGAACGUCUGGCUCAAGGUGGCCUGCCUGCAGAAGGGCCGAUGGAGGCACAAAAUGACGGCUCUCUGCGGAAAGGCUGUUUUCAGGGGUCUGGCACUGCAUGGAGCCACAACAUCUGGCUGUUGGUGCUGGAUCUACACAGUGGGUGGCUAUGAUGGCUUCUACCGCCUGGCCAGCAUGGAAUGCUAUGACUCCUUCUUGAACAGCUGGACCACCGUGGCCCCUUUGCCUCUGGCAGUGAGCUCGGCUGCAGUGGUCUCCUGCCUUGGCCAGCUCUAUGUGAUUGGUGGUGCUCUAGAUGACAGCACCAACACAGACAAGGUCCAGUGCUAUGACCCGGAGGAAAACCAAUGGAGGAUUUUGUCUCCUGCCCCUUUCAGUCAGCGAUGCAUCAACGCUGUCAGUUUGGACAACUUGAUUUACGUCGUGGGUGGGCUCCUGAGUCAGGUCUUCAGCUACAAUCCCUUGAACGACACGUGGAGCAAAGUGGCAUCUUUGUCCAGACCUUUAGAGAGCUGUGGAGUCACCGUCUGCCAUGGCAAGAUCUUCAUCCUGGGAGGGAGAGACGAGAACGGGCAAGGCACCGACAAGGUCUUUGCUUUGGAUGUGGCAACAGGCACACUGGAACCACAGCCGCCUCUGCAGCGCUGCACCAGUUACCAUGGAUGUGGGACCAUCCUGAGGCACACGAGUAGAUAACGUGGUGUCUAUUGGCCUCCUUCUUUCCUUCCCAUGACACCUCCAACCCAUCUUAAAAGGACACUGAGUUGGGAUGCCCACUUUCCUACAAAAAGUGGAGCCCUUUCCUAUAUAUUCUGGGUAGCUUUGUGCCAAGUAUAUGGUCUUGAGGUGAGGUCACUUACGUGACUGCUGGUCUCCUCCACUUUAUCCUCUCCUCCUUCUCCUGUGUUAUUCUUCCUCUUUCCUCUUCUCUUUACUUCUCCUUCAUCUCUUCCUUCUCUCUCUACUUGUCCUCCUCCUCUUCCUCCUUCCUCUAGUUUGAAGUUGCAGGAGGAUAGAUUUCAAUUGAACAUUAGAAGGAAAUUCUUGACUGUCAGAGCAGUUCGCCAAUGGAACCAAUGGUGUUACAUUUUGAUGAUGCAUGCAGACUUUGUAUAUUGUGGGGAAGCUGUUACCACCAUACUGACAAAGUAACUGGAUGGAAGGGUGGUAGUAGGGCAGACAAACAAGAAGGAGACAUCUACUAAUGAAGGGACCAUAAGCCAGAAAAUAGUAACUUUUGCCUAUGUAGCUUUGCCUCUGCAUAUGCCCCUCCCUUCCUGUGAGCUGGUGCCUUUCUCCAGAAAGUUCCAAGACCAAAAGUUAGCUUGAAAUCAACAAGUGAAGUCACAGGUAUCACUUAUGCCAAGUGGGUGUGGAAGGUGAGGAAGACCCUCAGCCAUUGGUCAAUUUUAGAUAAACAAAAGGUAUAAAUUCUUUGUUUGCUGCGACAUGCUUUUGCGACGGCCUUCUCACAGCUGUGGUGAAAAUAAACUUUGCUUUUUGCAUCUCU